GGGAGCGGUUCGGUUCGGAGCGGCUGUCGUCCCCCGGGUCAUUUCUGCCCUCAGGUUCUCGCCGGAGCCGCCGCCGCCAUGCAGGAGCUCAUCGCCAACGUGGACCACAUCAAGUUCGAGCUGGAGAUCGCGGUGGAGCAGCAGCUCGGGGCGCAGCCGCUGCCCUUCCCGGGCAUGGACAAAUCCGGGGCUGCUGUCUGUGAAUUUUUUUUAAAGUCUGCCUGUGGAAAAGGAGGAAUGUGUCCCUUCCGGCACAUCAGUGGUGAAAAGACAGUGGUUUGCAAGCACUGGCUACGGGGGCUGUGCAAGAAGGGUGACCAGUGUGAAUUCUUGCACGAAUAUGACAUGACCAAGAUGCCAGAGUGCUACUUCUAUUCAAAAUUCGGGGAAUGCAGCAACAAAGAAUGCCCAUUCUUGCAUAUUGACCCUGAGUCCAAGAUCAAAGACUGUCCUUGGUAUGAUCGAGGCUUUUGUAAGCAUGGCCCCCUCUGCCGGCACAGGCACACUCGGCGUGUUAUUUGUGUGAAUUAUCUGGUGGGGUUCUGUCCAGAGGGGCCUGCUUGCAAAUUCAUGCACCCUAGAUUUGAACUCCCCAUGGGAACCACAGAGCAGCCCCCACUGCCUCAGCCAACACAACCACAGCAGAAGCAAAACAACAACCCGCCACUGCAGAGGUCGUCAUCCCUGAUCCAGCUAACGAGUCAGAACUCUUCUCCCAACCAACAAAGGACCCCACAAGUCAUUGGAGUGAUGCAGUCUCAAAACAACAGUAUCGGCAACAGAGGUCCCAGGCCACUGGAGCAGGUCACGUGUUACAAGUGUGGUGAAAAGGGACACUAUGCCAAUCGAUGCACAAAGGGACAUUUGGCCUUUCUUAGUGGACAGUGAGCCAACAGCCAAUGCAGGAGACUAUACAACGUGUAAAAAAAACUAUGGCAGCAGAGCAAUGCCUAGCACCAGUUGGAACUGUUGAUCUACUUUUUUAAAGUGCCUGUACCAGAAGAGUAGCACUGCUGUGGACUACUGAUUUGCAACACUUUCAUAACUUGAUUGUCUUAACCUUUUAAAAUUCAAACUUUACUGAGAAACAAACCAGCAAGGAAGUGGGACAGAAGGGUCAAAAAUAUAGAAACCUUAAAGUGCAUUUGGAAUUGGUACUUUUGUGUGUGUUCGAAGUCCUCAGUUGUUCACGCAGUCUUUUGGUACAAAGAUGUGAAGUGCUAAAGUAUGAAGGAACGAUCUGUGUUCUCCGCCAACUACAAUGAAGCAUCACAUGUCUGUUCUCUGCAGGGCAUUUGGUAUGUCACAUGUACCAGGGGUGCAAGGGUUUGCACAGCAAUUUGCAGUAUUCUUUUUGGAGCUGAUUACAGUGCAGGGGUGGCUGCUGCAAUGAACUUGCAUCCAUGUUCUCAGUUGGAGCCAUAAAUGUAUACAGCUUGCCACUAAACAACCCUAAGAUGAAAAGUGGAGUCUGAAAAUUCCAACUGCGAGUGGACAGCCACUGGAAACAUUUGUAUAAAGAAACGGAGAUGUUACUUCAAUCCCCUGCCUUCAGUGGGCCUUGAUUAAAUAUUGGUUAACUUACAGCCUAUCUCCCCCCCCCCCAACACUCCCAGUGCUGUAUGACAUAUCUAAGCAAUCACAGCGACGUGGGACAGUGACUUAACUACCUUGAACAAUUUAUUUCAUUUUUUAAUGCGCAUACCAUUUGAAAAAGUUGAGCAGUAUUUUGAUUUCUCCAAAAACGACUGAAGGGGGGGAUUAACGUGCCUAGGAAUAAUACAACUGGAGCCCUAUGUUGUAUGACGUACCCUGGCUUCCUAGUUCAUUAAAAUUUUCUUUUUAAGUGAUGUUGUAUUCUUGUAAAGAAAGUAGCAGCUCUUCAACAAGAGACCACUAUAAUCAAUAAUAGUUUUUCUAUUGAAAAUAAACAGCAGCUGACUGAAAGGAUGGUAUGCUGGUUUCACUUGCCAAGAGUGACUAGUUAUUGGAACUAAUGUAGAACUAGUAUCAAGCCUUGCACUUAACUGGCAGAUUCUGAAAAGUAUAGGCUGCUAAUUAUGUAAUGCACUCCCAAGUAUAGUAUCACUUGCGUGGAAAGGGGACAAAAUGGGGCUUUUAACUAUUUUUUGAAGACAGCUACACUACUGUUAGACUUCAGAAACCAUUGCCAGUAGGAGCGCCAUGCAACCAGAGUCUAUGAAUCUAGACCCUUGUCAAGCAAGCAAAUUAAUGGCUAGAAGACCUACAGAGGAAGACCAGCCUACUAUACUUUACAUAAUGCAGGACUUAUUUUAAACCAGACUUGGAAGUUUCCUUGUAGCCUCAGGAAACUAUUGUUUUUGGACCAGGUGGGGUUAAUGUGAUACUUGGGAUGCCAUCAAGAGCAGUACUUGACUUCCUUUCAAAUACUACUGUGCUUGCAUUUGUCAGAUUUAGAAAAAAAUGCGCUGUAGUCUUGC